UUGGCAACACUGGGUGAAGCAUUCGCAGUAGAAACAUGGCGGCAUCCGUGGAACAUUUGCGUCUUCUGGACGCAGAAGAUAAUGAAGAAUAUACAAUUGUAGUAAGUUUAGAAGAUGCAGAAAAAGCGUGAAACGACAUGAAUUUUGCGACAAUAUUAUUACAAGAAGCAAAGAAGCAACAAGAUAACAAGCAAACAAGCAGAAAUAACAUGGAAUUGUCCAAUACGUCGUCACUUAUACAUUAUGCAAGCACAAGUAGCAAUGAAAGUAACAGUUGUGAACCUACAGAAGAUAUGCAUAUAUGGAUGAAAUCCUGUUACUAUUACAUCUAUACAGCAAGUAUAUAAAGAUAAAUUCAAUAGCGGAAAAGGUACUGUCAAGCAGUACUGGAAUAAAAUAGCAUAAAGUAUGCAAAAAGAGAAAUACAAUGUGUCAGGCUUGAAAUGUUCUACAAAAUUACAAUCCUUGAAAAGGACGUUCAAAGCUAUGAUAGAUCACAAUAAAAAAAGUGGGAACAAUCGAAAAGAAUGGGAAUAUCAAAAGAAUAUGGAGGAAUUAUUUUCAAAUAAACCAUGGGUACAACCUCUUAGUAUAGCUGGAUCACACAUUGAAGACGAUAUAAAAGAAGAAAAAGAAAAUAUAUUAGAAAGAUGUACAAAAAAGAGGAAAUUAAGUAUGCUAGUAGAGGAAUAUACAGGGUGCACGAUUUAUCUGAAGACAUUGUAAUAUCUCGAGAACUAUACAUUGGAUAAAAAAAAGUGGUUAAUGAAAGUUGUUAGUCUCGAAGGGGGACAUCCAAUGAUACCAAACUCAACCUCCC